AUUACUGACCUUCAGCCGACUGGUCACAUCUGCCACCCCUGGCAUGGGUAAGGAACUAGGGUACAAACACACUUGGAAAAUCAGUCUAGAUACCACAUACAGCAAAGCCAGAGGCACCAGGUGAAGCAGUACCUGACUCUUGAUACCAAGCUGUCCAGCCAGACACUCUCCCUGUCCCACUCCCACACAAUCCAGCCUACGGGAGUGACCUCCAUUUUAAGAAACGGACACAUGCCUCCUGUCAGCGAUAUUGGCACGCCAGAAAGCCCAGUUACCAAACUGCUGUCCCUUGGAGGCGAACGUGAAAAUGCGAUGGAAGAGGUGAUUGAAGACAUAAUCAAUAUGGAAUCAAGUUUUAAUGAUGAAGGCAUAGGUUGUUCUGAAACUCCUCUAAUGCAAAGAACUCUAUCUAGCAGCAUUUUGGAUAUAUAUAGCAAUGACCAGGGAAUGGCAUCAGCUAAUAUGGGUCUCACAAAUGCUUCUUGCCCAGCUAAUCUACCAGUAAAAAGGGAACUCACAGAAGCAGAUACACGAGCAAUGGCAAAGGAGAGACAAAAAAAGGAUAACCACAAUCUCAUUGAGAGAAGAAGAAGGUAUAAUAUUAAUUACCGAAUCAAGGAGCUUGGCACACUCAUUCCCAAGUCUAAUGAUCCUGAUAUGCGCUGGAACAAAGGAACUAUUUUAAAAGCAUCAGUGGAGUACAUCAAGUGGCUACAAAAAGAACAACAGAGAGCCAGAGAAUUAGAACACAGGCAGAAGAAAUUAGAGCAUGCUAACAGAAGACUUCUACUCCGAAUUCAGGAACUAGAGAUACAGGCACGUGCACAUGGACUUCCAGUCCUGUCUUCACUCAACGCUGUUGAUUUAGCUGCACAGGUCAUGAAGCAACAGUCUUAUACAGAGGAGAACUCUGUAGACUACUCUCAACAAAUGCCCCUGGCACACAGACCAAAUUCAGGUGCUUGUGAUGGUUCUACAGCCUUUUCUGAUCCACUUUCACACUUCACCGAUUUGUCCUUCAGUGCAGCUUUAAAAGAAGAGCAACGACUAGAGGAGAUUUUACUACAUGACACGGUGUCACCAUUUGGAACAGACCCACUCUUGUCCUCCACAUCCCCGGCUGCAUCGAAGGAGAGCAGCAGGAGAAGCAGUUUUAGCACAGAUGAUGGAGAUGACUUAUGAAUGUAGAAAGGGCCUCAUACUUCUUUAAACCACUUGCUAAAAGACUGAGUUGAACUUAAGCAUGGUGUUUGUGCUUAUUUUAAAAUAAAUGACAGACUCUGUAAAGAAAUGUUACUUCAAUGAGCCCUUACGAAAACAAGAUGGACAUGAACUCAUACUGCUUUGCCCCUUUACAUCCUUUGUUCACAGCUGACAUUUGCACAAAUCUUUCUUCACUUGGAAUGUUUCUACUAUCAUUCCAUGACUUCUUCCGGCACUAUGAAAAUGGUUACCACAAAAGGAAUACACAUGUUACAAAAGUGCAUUUAAACUCUCUCUUUGAUCUGCAUUCAUUUUGCUCUGCUAUAAACAUGAGUUUUAAUCAUUUGCUAAUUUCUUUUUUUUUUAUAUAUAACUAAAAAUUUUAUAAAACACGAAGCAA